CCUCCUCUAUCUGUCUCACCCUCCUGCUGAACCGCGCAGCUUCUUUUUAACCCCUGCCAUCGUCCUCUGCACAUCCAUCUUCUGUAUUCUCGGGACGGCAGACCGGGGACUAUUAACUAUUACCUCGUUUUAACUCGUGUGUGCGUGCGUGUGCUUUUCUUCGGUGCAUCGGCCAGAUGGAGGACUACCAUAAACCGGACCAGCAAACGGUGCAGGCGCUCAGGAACAUCGCAAUCCGACUCCGGAUCAAUUCCAUCAAGGCGACAACUGCAGCGGGCAGCGGUCAUCCCACAUCAUGUUGCAGUGUGGCAGAGAUCAUGUCUGUGCUUUUCUUUCAUUCCAUGAAGUACCGACCUGAUGACCCACGUAAUCCCAACAAUGACCGAUUCAUCCUCUCCAAGGGUCAUGCAGCUCCUGUGCUGUAUGCUGUGUGGGCAGAGACAGGCUACCUGAAGGAGAAUGAGCUUCUCAACCUUCGUAAGGUGGACUCCAUCCUGGAAGGACACCCUGUGCCGAAGCAGCAGUUUGUGGAUGUGGCCACUGGAUCUCUGGGUCAGGGGCUGGGAGCCGCUUGUGGAAUGGCCUACACUGGAAAAUACUUUGACAAGGCCAGUUAUCGGGUGUUCUGCCUGCUGGGCGAUGGAGAGCUGUCAGAGGGCUCAGUGUGGGAGGCCAUGGCUUUCGCUUCCUACUACCAGCUAGACAACCUGGUGGCCAUCUUGGACAUCAACCGGCUGGGUCAGAGUGACCCAACUCCACUGCAGCACCAUGUGGAGAAGUACCAGCAACGAUGUGAAGCCUUUGGCUGGCAUUCCAUUGUUGUGGAUGGCCACAGUGUGGAGGAGCUUUGCAAGGUGCUGAGUCAAUCUCACCAUCAGCCACUUGCCAUCAUCGCUAAAACCAUCAAGGGCAAGGGCAUCCCAGCGGCUGAGGAUAAGAUGGGAUGGCAUGGCAAGCCUCUGCCCAAAGAUAUUGCAGAGAGUGUGAUCAGGGAGCUGCAGAGCCGCAUCAUCAGCUGCAACAAGCGCCUCUAUCCUGCUCCACCCAAUGAGGACACAUCACCUGUCAGCCUCCGCAACAUCCGCAUGCCAAGCGCACCAAGCUACAAACCUGGAGACAAGAUUGCUACGAGGAAGGCGUACGGCAUGGCUCUGGCAAAGCUGGGCCGUUACAAUGAGCAUGUGGUGGUUCUGGAUGGAGACACCAAGAACUCCACCUUCUCUGAGCUCUUUAAGAAUGAACAUCCCAACCGCUACGUGGAGUGCUACAUUGCAGAGCAGAAUAUGGUGAGUGUGGCCAUCGGUUGUGCUGUCCGAGAUCGUAACGUGGUGUUUGCCAGCACCUUCGCCACGUUCUUCACUCGAGCCUAUGACCAGCUCCGCAUGGCCGCCAUCUCUGAGAGCAAUAUUAACCUCUGUGGCUCCCACUGUGGCGUUUCCAUUGGUGAGGACGGGCCCUCUCAGAUGGGUCUGGAGGAUUUGGCCAUGUUUAGAGCUAUUCCCACGGCAACUGUCUUCUACCCAAGCGACGGUGUAUCCACUGAGAAGGCUGUUGAGCUUGCAGCUAACACAAAGGGUUUGUGCUUCAUCCGAACAAGCCGCCCAGAGAAUAACAUCAUCUACAACUGCAAUGAAGACUUCCAUGUUGGCCAGGCUAAGGUUGUGUAUAAAACCAAUGAUGACCAUGUUACUGUGGUCGGAGCAGGAGUGACCCUUCAUGAGGCUUUGGCUGCUGCCGAAAUGCUAAAGAAAGAGAGAAUCAACAUCCGUGUGAUUGACCCAUUCACCAUCAAGCCUCUGGACUCAAAGACCAUCAUUGACAAUGCCAGGGCCACCAGAGGACGCAUCAUCACUGUGGAGGACCACUACUUUGAGGGUGGUCUAGGUGAAGCAGUGUGCUCAGCGGUGGUGAACGAAACCGGCUUCACCAUCCACCGCCUGGCAGUUUCCCAGGUGCCCCGCAGUGGUAAGCCCCAGGAGCUGCUCCGAAUCUUUGCCAUUGAUCGUGACGCCAUCGCCCAGGUGGUGAGGAAGGUGCUCAGCACCUCUGCCAAUGCCAAGUAAAAAUGCUCCAGGAGCACCAACAGCAGGAAGAAUAUGGUACUUUAUUCUGCGGUUAACCUGUGAUUACCAUGGAGUCAAUGAACAAACAAAUAAACCAACACAGAAAGAGGGGUGGCACUGCUGGCCCACUCACGCUCUCCUCCUUUUAGAACAAUGAAAGAUAUUAGUUUGAAAAAAAACAAACAAACAAACAAACAAAAAAAACUAUUCUCUGUCUAUCAGUGUGGUCUGACACUCCUGCCCCCGAUUUUUACCCUUUCAGUUUGUGAGCCCAGUAAGCACACCUCCCCCACUUCACUCACACAGUCAUCCACACCUGCACCCUCUAGUUACCUCCUACCUCUAAGAGAAAGUUCUGGUGCUGCUGUCGUGUUUUAGUUAAAAGCAGUGAAUGUGGUUUGGAGUCCAGUCUUUCUAUAGAAUUUAUGUGGUACCCUUCUCACUUCUCGGGCUCACCGUCUGCACCCAGUGUGACUGUGAAAAUCCCACCCCACUAGAGCCUGCAGGGUGUGGAGAAAUCCUGGUUUGGUCUGUUUGAGCACUGACUGUUUUUAACUCUUUUGACUCUGACUUUGGUUGGGAUUGCUUUACACAAAUAAAGGGAUGGUUUCUUCACA